AUGCGCGCGGCGCCCGCUACGGCUGCGUUGCUCACUGACAUUGCAUCGGAGGUUCACUGCCUGGAGCGCGAGCUUGUGUCGUUGCGGGCAGGUUGGUCGGAGCCAGAGUGCGAUGCCUUGCGAGCUUGUCAUGUUGGGGGUGAGCUUGAGUCGUUGAGUGCGCGUGGUGUCGAGCGUGAGCUUGAGUCGUUGAGUGCGCGUGGUGUCGAGCGUGAGCUUGUGGCAUUGAGAGCUUGUCUUGCAGAGCAUGAGCUUGUUGGUUGGAGAGCGUGCCCCGCGGAGCAUGAGCAUGCUGUGUUGAAGGCUUGUCGUGUCGCUGCGGUCGCCGAGGCAUCUGACCACCAUAGGGUUUCCGAUGAGGUUCCAGCUCCGUUGCAAACGCAGACCUACAGCAACGAAGAGGUGUUUGCCGAGUGGUCGGAGCCUUGGAUCGAGUGCACUCGCAAGGAGUUGUCGUCGCUGCUAGAUGUUAAAGGUGCUUUGGCCAGGACUACCGAGGAAGAAAUCCAACGUUGGGUUGAGGAGGGGGCAGAAAUCACCCGAAUCCCAUCAAAGACGGUGUACACGCGGAAAGCGGUAAGUGGACGCCGCAAAUGCCGCAUCGUGUUAUGCGGUAACGCUUUACCCGCCAACCUUGAUGAAUCCUCCUUGGACCGUCGACUGGCUACUUACGCCGGGGGUGUUGACAUCAGUUUGUUGAGAGUCCUCCUAGCCGAAGCUGUGGAGCACCGCUAUCAUCUGGCGGUUUGGGAUAUUUCCACGGCGUUCUUGAACGCCCCGUCCCGUCCCAGAGAUCUGAAAGCAGCUCACCGGGGAAAGAAGCAAAUUGUGAUCGCAACACCGCCAAGACAACUGGUGCGUCGAAAGCUGAUCCCCUCCCACGAACUGUGGAGGGUAUUGUUGGCCGUUUACGGGUUGGACACAAGUCCUCGUGACUGGACGCUGUUUCGCAACGAAACCUUGCGCGACUUGACGGUGCUGGUGGAAGGCGAGGUUCUUCUUCGGUUGAAGGUAUGUGCUGCUGAUAGCAAUAUCUGGUUUGUCGUGCGGCUGGAAAGUGUUGACGCGCCCCUGAAUGUCGGUGUGGUGUGUGGCUGGCUAGCCAUAUACGUUGACGAUUUCUUAGGUGCUGCUCGGCGAGUCUAUGUCGAAGCGAUUUACCACAAGAUCAAGGGCAUUUGGGACAGUGGUGAGUUGGAGCACGUUGUGUGCCGGGGGCAAGGCGAUUCAGUUCGAUUCAAUGGGCUCGAGCUGCAAUGGGACAGCGACGGAAGCGGGUUGUACGUCCAUCAGUCAUCCUACAUCAAAGAUCUGGUUGGGCGAUACCCGGAAGUCAAGUGUCAAGCUGUGCCCCUGUUGCGUCCGCUUUUGAGUGAAACGGCCGAGGAUGACAUUGAGGGCCACCUCAAAGCUUGCCAAAAGGUCUGUGGCGAGCUCCUUUGGCUGGCCGUGAGAACACGACCAGACCUGGUGUUUGCAUGCUCUCGCAUUGCAUCUGCGAUGUGCAAACGUCCACAAGAGGCCUACGGGGCUGCGCUUGGUGUUGUUGGAUACUUGAAGACUACACCUGUGCUUGGCUUGUUCUUUACCACGAAGCCGAGUGCUCAUUGGGGGGAGGCCCGCCGUGCCGUCCAAGCCUCUGGGCUACUUGAAGUGCAUACCGAUGCGGGCUUCGCGCCCGAGGGCCUCCGUAGUCAAGAGUGUGUUUGCAUUUAUUGGCGCGGUUGUUGCGUAUGUUGGGUUUCGACAAGACAAAGCUUUCUCGCCCAGUCGACUUGUGAGGCGGAGUUGGUCUCUACCAUCUCCGGCUGCAAUCUCGGCGACUCCUUGGCCGUCCUCUUGAACGAGUUGUAUUCCAGCCAGGGUUUUCGAAAGAUUCUCCUGAACGACAAUGCUGCUGCCAUCGGCAUCCUAGCUGCGGACACCAACAGCUGGCGCACGCGUCACCUCAAGAUCCGUGCAGGGGCAUUGCGGGAGAAGGUUGCUUUGUUUGAGUGGGAGGUGCUGCACCUCGAUGGUCAGCAUAACACGGCUGACAUCGGGACCAAGAUCCUCCAACAGCCUCGAGUUGAACGCCUGCGGGACCUGAUCGGCAUGAGUGCUGUAGAACCUGCGGUCAGCACCCCUGCAUCUGCAGGGGUUGCUAGAGUUGCAAAAGUGUUGGGCGCGCUUGUCUUUAGCCUUUGCGUUGAACCUUCGGCUGGGGUGCGUGAUCAAGCUGAGUUUUCGGAAGGCCCGUCUUCAUGGAUAGACUGGAUCCUGUUUGCAUUGCUGGUGGUGUGGACAAUCGCAGUAAUUGCAGUGUGGGAAGUGUUGAAGGGUCUCUUUGGGCAGGCCACCAGACGGCCGUUUGAGCCUGAACCUCACGAGGAACCGGAAGGACCUGAAGAAGCGGAUCCUGAAGAUGAGCCUCCGCCGCUUGAGCCGCUGCAUCUUCCCGAGCCCCCACAGACGCCCCACGAUCUGAUUCACGUUGCUCAAGAGAUCGUUCAUGAACUGCAUUACAUCGAUGACACUGCCCAGUUUCGAGUUUCGUUGGACCCUCAACCUGCCUCUUGGUUGUAUCCGGCACCGCCGUUGCGCCUGAGAGCGGGUUGGCCUGACCCAGUCCAGCUCACUUUUGAGGACCUUGCUAGAAGCAGUUCGGUUUGGGGUGGGGAUGAAAGCGCGUUGUUUCUGUUGCCGCCCGCUGACCAAGCAGACUUUUUUGAGUCUCCCUCUGCUGGAAGGGCGGUUGUGGUGACUAGGUGGCACUCCACUCCGAGGGUCCGAAUGUUCACGCCAGUGCACACGACCACACCUUUCCGUCUUGAAGUGUUCACCGGGCUCCGACGAACGCUGGUGCAGUAUCUUGAUGGUCGAAGAUCAGUCAUCGAUGAUGACUGGCGCGUCAGAGGCGCUGGACAGGCGUAUCUGCAGAGCCGCUGGCGGGGUCGCACUGAGUUACAGAUUGAUGUUGAUCUGCUUAGCCCCCGGGAGGCUGCUCAGAUCCGUCGUUUAGCGAUUGAUCAGAGUGCGCCGCUCAGACGCCGCUACCGGCGGCACUGGGAGUAG